AUGAACGUUCUCAAAGACCGUCUAGCAGCCGAUGAUCAUCCAAAAAAAGUCAAUCUUGCUCCCGGUACUUACAGAUGUGAGUCCGGUCAACCAUGGAUCCUCCCAUGCUUUCGUUUGGCAGCGGAGAGAUUACUAGCCGACAGAGGAUAUGAUCACGAGUACCUCGGCCUGUUGGGACACCCGAAGUUUCUCCACUAUGCACGGGAACUCGUUCUAGGUCCCAAAGUCGAUACUAGUACAAUUGCCAGCUUACAAACAGUAGGGGGUACUGGUGCUGUACACAUGGGAGCCCUGAUACUUAAGCUGUUCUCCGACCGGCCCUCAACGGUGUUCAUUUCCGAUCCAACAUGGGUAAACCAUCAUGAUGUCUUCCAGCACGCCGGAUGGAGGACGGAAUCCUAUAGGUACUACGAUUCUGUCAACAAGUCGCUUGACUUUGGCUCCUUCGUGCAAAGUCUCCGCACUGCUCCGUCACGGAGUAUCUAUGUCCUUCAUGCUGUUGGACAUAACCCAACGGGAUGUGACCCUUCUCUCGAGCAGUGGCGAGCCUUGGCCCAGCUGUUUAAAGAAAAAGAUCACUUUGCCUUCUUCGAUUGUGCUUACCAAGGAUUUGUCAGCGGUAAUCUUGAGCAAGAUCGCCAAGCAGUAGAAUUGUUCGCUUCUCACGGUAUAGCCAUGUGCGUGGCUCAGAGUUUAUCAAAGAAUGCAGGCAUGUACGGCGAGAGGCUAGGAGCUUUACAUGUAUUCUGCGGGACGGUAUCGUCAACCAAGCUCGUGAAGCAGCAGCUCAAAGUCCUCACGCGACGCGAAAUUUCCUGUGCUCCGAAAUAUGGAGCCGACCUCGUCAGUACGGUCUGCUCGGACCCGAAGCUUCGAGCUAUGUGGGACAGUGAUCUGAAACACAUAUCUGGACGUAUAAUCGCUAUGCGUCACGGGCUCUUUGAUCGGUUGGUCAAGCUUGAAACUCCAGGAGAUUGGUCUCACAUCAUCCGCCAGCGGGGAAUGUUUGCUUAUAGCGGUUUGACACCGGAGCAGUGCAAUGCUCUGGUGGAUGAUUACCAUAUCUAUGUUCCGAGGACAGGGAGGAUGAUGAUGGCUGGACUGAAUGAAGAUAAUCUGGACUAUGUGGCGGAGGCUAUACAUCGUGUUGUAGUCGACCACGAGUAG